AUGCCAAACCCAUUGCAGAAAUCGUUGAAUGGAUACCUGUCAAAGAUAAAAAAAGAGACAGGGAAGCUGCAAGUGUCGAAUUCAUUCUCAUCAUCCAAGAAGUGGGUGCUUGCUGGCUGUAAGCAUCCUAAGAAGCUCUCCUUCUCCUUCAAACACAGACGACGCCCCAGCAAGACCAGAUUCAACGACGAACACGUUUACCAGGAUCCUGGUCACGCCGCCACCUUGUCCGACAUAGACCGUUUCCUUGAGGAAAACUUCAAAUCCCUCUGCAUCAGAGAUGAGGAGGGGGAGGAUGACAAAAAUAAGGGGAAAAGGGAACAGUCCUCUUCCUCCUCGGAUGACGACGAGGAUGAGUAUCGUCACAGAUUCGAGAGGACAUGGGGACCGGCCGUCUACGACUCCCCCAAACUGCCUAGAACAGAGAGACUGUCUCCACCGCCUGGAUCAUCGGAGGGCAGGCCAAGCAUGUAUACAACAACAUCGGAGGAGGGACCUUCGUCGAGGUCCAACUCAUCCAGCUUGGUGCUGCCUGAGAACUGCAUCGCGGUGCUGAGGUACACUGCAGAGCCUCAGGAGGAUUUCAAGAGGUCGAUGGUGGAGAUGAUGGAGUCCAAGUUAGGAGGGAGCGAGGUGGACUGGGACUUGAUGGAAGAGCUUCUCUUCUGCUAUCUCGAUCUCAACAACAAGAAAUCACACAAGUUCAUACUCAGCGCAUUCGUCGAUCUCAUCAUCUCUCUCCGUGACAAGGAGAAGAGCAUCACCAGGAAAGGCCUCGUCAGGUCUCUCAGUUCUCGCGCCGCCAGGGAGAGGCUUAGGAAGAGGAUGGCCGCCUUUCGCAACUAACUAACUCAUGCUUCUUCUUUUCUUUUCUUUUCUUUUCCUUUUUUUUUUCUUUGUUGUUAAUUCAAAACGUUCCAUCAACUGAACAAAACAAA